GCGGCCACGGGCUCUGUGUCGAACCCGGAUCACGUGAUUCCAUGAUGCUUCUGCUGCAAGGAUGUAGCCUUCAGCUGGACGAAUUUGACAGCUAUGACUUGAGGUGCUUACACAAAUUUCAAGAUGUCUGAACAUGGAGAUGGGGAUGGAGAGGCGAGCUCAUCUGCCGGUUUCAGACCAUCAUUUGCUGUGGGCAGAGGACUGCCUGGCCGAGUAUCACUGAAUCCCCCUCCACCAGGCAGACUGACCUCUUUGCGCUCCAGAGAUCUCACCCUGGGUGGAUAUAAAAAGAAAACUUUUGUACCAAAUGUUCACUCUGUUCGUAAAAAUAAAGAUGAGUUACAGGAGGGGUCUCGCACUGCACCAAAGAAAGAGAGAAGAGACAGAGAAGACAGACAUAGAGAGAGAAGGCGACGAGAAAAACCUCAGACUAUUCAGUCUCACUCCAUCUUUGAGCAGGGUCCUGCAGACACCUACAGGAAACCAGGUAAUUGGGGCAGUACUAACCUGAAUGACUGUGAUCCUGCACUUGUCACAAAAUGCAUUAAAAAGGAAAAGAACAAUACUGAGGAUGAUGAUAAUGAAAUUUUACAAAAACUCCAACGAGAUGAUUUUUUGGAUGAUCCUGGAUUAAAAAAUGAUCCCAAGCAAAGACCAAUCAGACUUCCACUCCAUCAGUCAUACACCUUUUUGUCAACAGAGGCAGCUAGUUCAUUUAAAGAGACCCCAUCUGAUAAUGCACUGAAAUCACCCAGAGCUGAGCAGAAAUACCCACUGCCAUUGAGGGGAACGUCUGCAUUCCCGCAACAACCAACUGUUGGAGAACUUUUCCAGCAGCUAAGUGUUUCAGAUCAGGAAGAACUGCUGUUUAUUCAGCUUCCUGAUACCAUACCUGGUCAACCUAAAACCUCAAGCCCAGAGAAAACCAAAAAGGACAACAAAACUGAAGACAAGCGCUCAUCACAAAUUAAAACUCUGGAUCAGCCUGAUAAAGCUGCUGUACCUUUGCUGUCUGACUUCUCAGAGGGUCUGAUUGGAAAACUGCAAAUUAGAAAGUCUGGUAAAGUCCAGCUGGUCAUGGGAAAUGUUACAUUAGAUGUCUCAGAAGGAGCGGCCUUCUCUUUCCUACAGCAACUUGUUUGUGUGCGGCUGUCAGAGGGCCUCACCGGGGACAUGACUGUGCUGGGAAACAUCACACACAAGCUGGUGUGUUCACCUGAUUUUGAGACUUUACUGCAAGAAGCCAAAUUGCCAUCUGAUCUCUCCUCAGCUUCAAAGUCCUGAUUUUAUCCCACAAGAGUAUUUAAAAUAAUAAUGUAAAUAACUGUUUUUAAAUGUAAAAGUUUUCAAUGUGAGGUUUUGUACAAAGUACUGACAAUUAUAAGUCUAUAUUUAGCCUAAAUCUGAGGCCACUUGAUUUGCAUUUACAAGGGAUAGUUCACCUAAAAAUGAAAGUUUUGUCAUGUUUCAUUAUUUAAUUGUGCUUAUUUAUUUCUGCUUCUUAAAAUAUCUGAAUGUUUUAAGGCCUGUUCACACCAAUGACUAUAAUGAUAAAGAUACACAGAAUCCAUCUUGCUUUAAAGAGCUUGAGUAUUUAAAGUGGCAGACGACAAAACUGCAGCUUGUUUAUAACAAAGAGAAUGUUUUAAUUCGUGAUUGUGGACACUAAUAUAGUUAUCGUUCUUGGUGUGAACAGGCCUUUACAGAAAAGUCAUACAGGUUUGGAAAGUGACGUCAAGUAAACGACUCAGUUUUCACUUUGGGGUGAACUAUUCCAUUUAACCUUAGAAAGCACACUUAUGAUGUUUUAAAAGUUUUCAUUAAAUUGUAAAGUAUUCUGUUGUAAAUACCUUCUGUUGCUUUUAUAUAAAAUGUAAAUGUUUAUUUUGUAAGUAAAGACAUACAAAACAU